AUGGCGCGGCCGUUCCGGGUCUUGCGGUGCUGCCGCUGCCGCCGCUUCCAAGUGCACCCGGUCAAGCGCAGCGGGCAGUGGAGCUGCAGCGUGUGCGGGCAGCGCCAGGCCCUGCAGAAGGUUUACGGGCAGGGCUCGGGCCCGGACUGCAGGCGCCACGUCCAGAAGUUAAACUUGCUGCAGGGAGAGGCAGAGGAAGCGCUUGGCUGGACGUCUUGGUGCGUUGAGGACUCUGUAAAUGACAGCAAAAACAGAGCAGCACAACGUGAGGACAGUUUGGUCCAGCAGGAGGCAAGCCAGACGUCAGAAGGGAGCCGCUGGAGUAAAUAUCUGGACCAGGAGAGUGAGGAUCAGGAAGACGGGGAGGAGGAGGCAGCUCUAGCAAGGCAACAGUUCUGUUCCCAGAGGAAGAACACUGUGGGAGAACAAAGGAAACAUCGGAAGAACUUCUUCUCCGGUGAUGUUCUGGAGCAUGCAGAAGAAAAUGGAGUUUUCCAGCCUGUCUACCAAGCCAAAAAGGUUAAAACCAUGGAGCGCAAGAAAUGCUUUGCAGCAGAGCCUGAUGGGGCUGACAGAGAUGCUGUUCCUGGAGGCAGGGUAGUGCCUGCUGUCUGUGAGGCUGCAGUGCCCGAGUUCAACACACAACCCCCAACCACCUGUGCCAAACCAUCAAAGUGGGGGAAAUUUCUCCCAUCUUCUGACAACUCCAGUGAAAACGCUGCAGGGGCGACCUUGUCACUGUGGGAGGGCAGUGGAGGUUUGAGGCUGGACAGCACCACUGCAGCGGGUGCUGGUGGGGCCAGGAGAUGCUCAGAACAGGCUGGAGAAACUCUGCCUCAAGGUACAGGUUUUGAAUUUAAAAAGUGUGUUGCCGGCACUGAGAGUCUGGCUUUGAAAUUGCCCAGCACCAGUUGCUCAGCUGAGGAUGUGUCCAAAGAACCUCAGAGCCACUCAGAAACCACUGCAGGAAGGUGCUGUUUGGAUUACACCAGGAGGGCAAAUACCCUUGUCAACUCUAACCCUGGGCCAAAGCUGAGCAAUGUUUCUUGUGAAAAACUCUUCUGCACAGAGGAGGAGUUUGAUGAUGAUCUCUGAGAAGUUCAGACAUCUCUGGCAUUGCUUUCUUGUCUCUAUAAUGUAUGUCAAGCAUGUGGCACAAUUUGUAACUGAAGGGUGCUUCACUUUAAGCCACUCUUAGAACUGCACUAAUAAAGGUGUUUACUUGCUUUAUGGUUGUA